AUGUUCCGUCUUGUUGAAAGGCAACAUGUCCAGCCCGGAGAGCGCUACAUAACGCUAAGCCACUGCUGGGGCUCAACGCCAUCCAACCCCGACUUGAUCUUGUUGGAGGACACAUUUCGCAAAUUGAAAGAAUAUCAGCCACUCUCUGUCCUUCCCAAAACAUUCAAGCACGCUUUCACCAUCAUUGAACGGUUGAGAUUUCGGUACAUAUGGAUUGACCGUCUCUGUAUACUCCAAGAUUCGCCUGAGGACUGGCAAAGCGAAUCCGCAACUAUGGGGCAAAUAUACAAGAAUGCAUUUCUGGGGAUUUCUGCCCUGGGAUCAAGUAACGAUGCUGAUGGCUGCUUUUUCUCCCGAGACUCAGCACAAGUUGCCCCUAGCGUCGUCAACAUACGUGUCGAUAAUUGGAGUGAUCCCAAAGCAUUCAGGUUUCGCUCAGAAAAGGGUUGGGCUUGGAAAGUAACAUUUGAUCGAGAACCUUUGCCAAAGCGAGGCUGGACCUUGCAAGAACGUCUUUUAUGCCCACGGGUUUUGCACUUUGGUCGGAAACAAGUUUUCUGGGAGUGCAGGGAAUGUACCUGCUGCGAAAUACAGCCGAACAAUGUUUACGAGUACGAUGGUUAUCGCAACGACAAGAACAAUGAUAAUGGGGAUUCUCUGGACAAAUCAUCGUUAUCAUCGCCGGCCGCUCAACACAACCACCUUUGGAAACAGCUUCUUGAUGCUCCAAAGGUAAGGUACAUAGGUGAUCCUAGAGACCAGAUCUACGUAGAUUGGUGCGCAAUCGCAAUGGUUUUCACGGCUUGCCAGCUUACAGUUCCCUCGGACAAGCUUGUAGCUAUUUCUGGCUUGGCAAAAGAUGUCCGGAGGCGCCUCAAGGAUCUAGGUUAUGAUGAAGAUAAUUAUCUUGCUGGGCUUUGGCGUCAGAAUCUACCCGGGUGUUUGACUUGGAAGGUCUUGGAACCCGGUCGCAGACCUCCUUCGUACCGCGCACCUUCCUGGUCGUGGGCUUCUGUGGACGGUGCCGUUCAGUUGUGCUAUCCAGGCACACAUUCUGUGCAAAAGAAAACUGCCCAGUCUUUAGCGCUUGUCAUCAGCGCUAAAUGUAUUCCUUGCGGAGAAGAUGAGACAGGUCAAGUGGCCAGUGGUAGUGUCACUUUGAAAGGACCUCUCGCGUCCGCAACGCUCAUUCCAAGCGUCAUGACUCUUCCGGAAGAGACUGCCAUGUCUGUACUGAGCCUUGAAACCCCUGGAGUGGAAGGUCAAAAGCCUACAGUUAAGUAUCCGCGAGCUCGGUGCGAGGUGAUAUUUGACGUCAAGAGUGAGAUGUGUGCCGAGAUCUACUGCCUGCCAAUCGAAGCUCGCCAUAUGUUCAGAAAUUUUUGGGAACUCUUUGGUCUGGCCUUAAUUCAGACUAAGCGAGACACGUACUCUCGAGUUGGCUACGUUGAAAUGCUGCACGAGAGUGAGAUGGCUGCAAAAAAUUUCUUCUCCGAUUUUCCGGAGCAUACUUGCGUCCUCGAGUGA